AUGUCUCAGCUCAGCGAUAACAACGACUCUAGGAAUCACGAAGAACGAGCAGGCCGACCAUUGUCCCCAAACUCCAUGGUACGUGCGCUGGAAGACCUCGAGGCUCAGCUCCUCGCGCAGCAAGAGGCUCUCGUCUCUCGUCAUGUUGGACUGAGGUACAACUCAGCCCUUGCAAGCCAAUUCAGCAACCGAAUGCUUGCCCUCCGCGAGCAGCUGGUAGACCUGCUCUCGGAUUCGGCAGAAGCAGUGAAACACGCGCGCCGCGGCACCUCGGCUCGACGGCCGGGGCCUGUACCUGGUGUUGACCCAGGCUCGGCUGACCAACGGCGCUUGCGGAUUGAGCAACAGCGGAAACAUCUGAGGGAUGAGAUCAACGAGCUACCGCAGGCCAGAGAUAGGUUCUGGCAUCAGGCCAUCGGGCUUGAUGAGCAAAUCCUAACGAUCCGACGAACCGUGGCAGAAACCCAAGUCGAGAGCAAGCGUCUGAAAAGGCAUAUCGAGAAAGCAGAGAAACAGCAAUGUCGCGACAACUAG